AUGAUCUCGGCCGUCGCCGCAACAGGUUCCAGCAUCGUCGUCAACACGAGUCCAGACCUGUUCUACCUCUGGGUCGUUCCUGAUGCGACGGGUGCUCCGAUUGGGAACCGCAUCACAGUGGUAGCAGGUGGUGCCUGGGCCGAGCCUCUCCACGUCGGGCGCUUCGGCAACAGCAGCAGCACGACGGGGGUCGCGAUCAAAAUCUCCACAGACAUCGAAGGCCUGUACAACAGCGCGCCUCUGCAGAUCCUAGGCUACACUCUCGCGGGAGACAGGGUGUGGUACAAUCUCGAUGCUGUCAACGGCGCGCCAUUCAAGGGCCAGGAUGUCAAGGUGACGAGUCAGGGUGCGGGGACUAUCGAGUGGCCGAAUGGGGAGGAUGUUGGGGAUGUGACGAGGGAUAACGCUGCAGAUAAGGAUAUAGUGCUCGUUGUCUCAGGGAAGGUGUGA